GGUCCCCAUGCCUGCCCCACAGCCACCCCUGCCUCUGCUCUUUGUCUUCGUGUUCAUCCAUCUGACCUCGGAGACCAACCUGCUGCCAGAGCCUGGGAGCCACCCAGGCAUGUGCCCCAACCAGCUCAGCCCACACCUGUGGGUCGACGCCCAGAGCACCUGUGAGCGUGAGUGUGCGAAGGACCAGGACUGUGCCGCAUCCGAGAAGUGCUGCACCAAUGUGUGUGGCCUGCAGAGCUGCGUGGCUGCCCGCUUCCCCAGCGGUGGCCCCGCUGCACCUGAGACAGCAGCCUCCUGUGAAGGCUUCCAGUGCCCACAGCAGGGUUCUGACUGUGACAUCUGGGAUGGACAGCCAGUCUGUCGCUGCCGUGACCGCUGUGAAAAAGAACCCAGCUUCACCUGUGCUUCCGACGGCCUUACCUAUUACAACCGCUGCUAUAUGGACGCAGAAGCCUGCCUGCGGGGGCUCCACCUGCAUGUUGUACCCUGUAAGCACAUUCUCAGCUGGCCACCCAGCAGCCCAGGACCACCCGAGACCACCGCUCGCCCGACCCCUGGGGCUGCUCCCAUGCCACCUGCCCUGUACAACAGCCCCUCACCACAGGCAGUGCAUGUUGGAGGGACAGCCAGCCUCCACUGCGAUGUUAGUGGCCGUCCACUACCUGCUGUGACCUGGGAGAAACAGAGCCAUCAGCGGGAGAACCUCAUCAUGCGCCCUGACCAAAUGUACGGCAACGUGGUUGUCACCAGUAUUGGACAGCUGGUACUCUACAAUGCCCAGCUGGAGGAUGCAGGCCUGUACACCUGCACUGCACGAAACGCUGCGGGCCUGCUGCGGGCCGACUUUCCCCUUUCCGUUUUGCGGCGGGCAACUACUCAGGACAGGGACCCAGGCGUCCUGGCCCUGGAGGAGUGCCAGCCUGACACACAAGCCUGUGUUGGGCCACCUACUCCCCAUCACGUCCUGUGGCGCUUUGACCCGCAGCGAGGCAGCUGCAUGACAUUCCCAGCCCUCAAAUGUGAUGGGGCUGCCCGGGGUUUUGAGACCUACGAGGCAUGCCAGCAGGCCUGUGUCCGCGGCCCUGGGGAUGUCUGUGCCCUGCCUGCAGUUCAGGGUCCCUGCCAGGGCUGGGAGCCGCGCUGGGCCUACAGCCCACUGCUGCAGCAGUGCCAUCCCUUUGUGUACAGUGGCUGUGAAGGGAACAGCAACAACUUUGAGAGCCGGGAGAGCUGUGAGGAUGCUUGCCCUGUACCUCGCACACCACCCUGUCGCGCCUGCCGCCUCAAGAGCAAGCUGGCUCUGAGCUUGUGCCGCAGUGACUUUGCCAUUGUGGGUAGACUCACAGAAGUCCUGGAGGAGCCCGAGGCUUCAGGCGGCAUUGCCCGAGUGGCCCUGGAUGAUGUGCUAAAGGAUGACAAGAUGGGCCUCAAGUUCUUGGGCACCAAAUACCUGGAGGUGACACUGAGUGGCAUGGACUGGGCCUGCCCAUGCCCCAAUGUGACAGCCGGCGAUGGGCCACUGGUCAUCAUGGGUGAGGUUCGUGAAGGUGUGGCUGUGUUGGACGCCAACAGCUACGUCCGUGCUGCCAGCGAGAAGCGAGUCAAGAAGAUUGUAGAACUGCUUGAGAAGAAGGCUUGUGAACUGCUCAACCGCUUCCAAGACUAGCUUUAUGCAUAAUCCCCAUUCCUGCCCUCCUUCCUGCUGAAUAAAUGUCUUUGACUAUGGGAUU